AUGAUUUACCGCUCUACCAAAGUACUCAAACUCACCCAUCCAGUCCUCCAAUCCCUAACCCAAUACUCCACCUUAAAUCAAAACCCACCUUCCUCCUCCUCCUCCUCUCCCCAAAUCCCCAAAAAGCUCCACCACAAAGACUGGCUCUCCCCAACCGAAGUCCUCCAAGUCUUCACAUCCCUCCAAGACCCCACCUCACUCCUCCCCGCCCUCCACCACUACUCCACCCGCAAAGACUACAAACCCACCGAAGCCCUCUACACUCUAAUCAUCAACAAGCUCUCCCAAGCCCAUCUCUUCGAGGCAAUCGACAAUGUCAUGAACAGAAUCAAAUCCGAGAGGAAAUGCCGGCUGUCGGAUGACUUCUUCCGCGGCGUCAUCAAGAACUACGGCAAUGUGGGUGGCUACAUAAACAAGGCAAUGCAGACGCUUUUCGACAUGCCCGGCGGUUUCGGGUGCUGGCCGUCUGUCAAGACAUUCAACCUUGUCCUGCAUAUUCUGGUUUCGACGAAGAUGUUUGAUGUUGUUCAUGAGGUUUACUUGAUGUCGGCCAAGUUGGGUGUUGAGGUUGAUGCGUGUAGUUUGAAUAUAAUUGUCAAGGGGCUGUGUGAAAGUGGGAAGGUUGAUGGUGCACUCCAGGUGCUCGACGAAUUUCCCCACCAGAAAUGCGAGCCGAAUGCGCUGACGUUUUCGACGCUGAUGCAUGGGCUCUGUGUGAUUGGGAAGGUGGAUGAGGCUUUCGGGUUGCUGAGGAGAAUGGAAAAUGAAGGUAUUGAUCCGGAUUCGGUUACGUUUAACAUCUUGAUAGCAGGGCUGAGGAGACAGAAGAGAUAUGAUGAGGGCAUUGAGCUUUUGGAGCAAAUGAAGCUCAAGGGUUGCGCGCCGAAUCCGGCUUCUUAUCAGGAGGUUUUGUAUUGUUUGCUUGAUGCGCAGAGGUUUGUUGAGGCAAAAGAGUUCAUGAUUCGGAUGGUUUCAAAGCGUGUUGGUCCGAGUUUCGUGUCAUACAAGCAACUGAUUCAGGGGUUGUGUAAGGAGAAUAAGGUGGAGGAGCUGGACUGGGUUUUGAGGCAGAUGACGCGGCAAGGGUUUGUGCCGAAGAUGGGUAUGUGGAGGCAGAUUAUCAGAAGUGUGUUUCCGGAAAAGAGCAACAACCAUCAUUGUGUUUCUUGUGAAGAAACUAUAGAUGAGUUGAUCACUUGA